AAUGAGCCGUUAAAGGGAUUAAAAGGCAUAAACUGGACAGAGCUAAACCAAUAGAUGCUCUCAAGGAGGAUGUGAAAUAUCAAUAGAUAACAGAAUUUGAGAUUCAGGAUUCAUUUGGAAUUUUAGGGAGGACACGAUGCUGAAGUUUAAAUUCAGUCGCAAUAACAAAACGUGGCGCAAACCGCUGAAGUCAAUUGCAGGGAAACUACCAGAUAAAUAUUGGAAAACUAAAAUUGAUAAUAUCAGCAUACGCCAAGCCAAAUAUGAAGUGAGUCAAGAUGAACUUAGCAUUGAUACUAAUGGAGAUAUCAUAGAGUCGAACUCUGAUGGGAAAUAUAUGAAAACAGACACUGAACGUGGUUCCCCUUGUUCAUUUGGGCAGUCCUCGGACAGUGGAUGUAGCACCGCAGCAGACACAAGCACAGACUCAAUGGAAAACCGUAAUCCAAAUAUGGAAACUUGUAACUCUCAAAGGAAUAGUACAUGCAGUAAUAGUUCCCAUAGUAACAGUAUAAGUUACCAUGGUAAUAAUAAUUGUUCUGAUGGUAGUGGUUCUCAUGGAGUCAAUGAUGAAGAUGCUGGAAUUGACAUUGGAACUAAUUACCAUAGAAACAAUAAUUGCCAUAGUAACAAUAAUAAUUACCUUGGCAACAAUACUUUACAUGAUGAAACAGAUAACCAUAGUGAUAUUAAAACUUGCCAUAUGAAACUCAACAAUGACAAUUACGGAGGAUGCAGUGACCAUAGUAACUCAGACAGUUGCUAUGGCGAUGGAUCAAAAACUAAGAAAAAUGUAAGAUUUAAGGGAGUUGGUCAUCAAGACAUAUGCUUAGAUGAAGAUACUGCGAGAAAUAGAUAUACUAGUGGGUUGCCGCCACUUAAGCCAAAGCCAAAGCCCCCGCCCCUAAUGCCGCCAUUGAUGAGUAAGGAUGAAAAUAUGCUCCCAGGUCACAUGACCAGCACAGAUAUGCUUCCAGGAAGCAUGGAGACGGAGAUGCACAACAGUAAUUCUGAUCGACCAAUUGUGUCACGGACUGAGCUUGAUAUGCAAGGAACAGCUCAACAUGGUGGAGAAAGACGUCAACAAAUCACUAGUCUUCCAUCUGGGUCAGUUUUUGACAGAAUACGAGGAAAAGCCUUCAAGUCUAUGAACUUUCCUGAGAAACCAGUGGCAACCACGCAAGCCUGGAGUAACCAAACAGCACAGAAGAACAAGACAGUUGAAGAAAGACUGAAGACAUUACUGACCAGCUCUGGACUGGAGAGUGACGCUGAAACACCACCUGCUAAUCAACAAAAGCAAGAUGGUGAACUCCUCAUAGCUCCUCCCCCUAGAUCACGGCAGUUAGAAAGUCCCACACACCAUGUGGCCCGCCCUAUAGAGAGCCCCACCCAUAAUCAUGACAGUGGUGUUGUAAACAAUGGCUAUCACCAUGACGAUGUAGACAACAAUGAUAAUGUUUUCUUUGAUGAUCUCGGGUUUACUUCGCCACAAAAUGUAACACUCAAUGAGAGUGUGGAAAUCUCAUAUGUGCCCUCCCACCCUGAUGAGCGUAUAGAGGGCGCCAGGGGAGAAGUGAUGCUGCAGCGUAAAUAUUCUGGAAAUGAUCCACUACCAGAGGAUAUAUCUAGUCCCCAGAAAAACGAUACUGAGAAGACGGCGAGUAAUAUUCGUGACUUGUGCAGUCGGCUCUACGGGACCAAUGUCUCCUCUGUUAGGAAACCUGGAUUUACUACUAGUGCUUCAAAGUUGAACUCACCCUACCAGGACUCCACUCAAAGAUCAAGUCCCCAGGGUCAAAGUUCAAGCCCCCUCAGUAACAACUCCUCCACUCAGGGGCACACAUCAAUGGAGAGGCCACCCUCCUAUCAACCUCCCCCACCCCCUCCAAAACCCCAUUAUGUGACAUCACCGGAGACUCCCAAGGGGAAUCCACCUUACUUGAAGCCUCCACCAUACCCUUCACCUAGGGAUCACCCCUUAGAGGAGCCUAAGCCAAAACUACCCCCGAGGAAUAAAACUACUGCCCCAGCGUCCCCUGUGAGAACCCAUCGACCAAUGGGAAACCAGCAAUGGAAUCAAAAUCUCUCAAAUCAGAACACUGAAAAUGGAUUUACAAAAAUACACAAUAUGCCAGGAAACCAAAAUAAGCCACAUGUACAGUUCAAAACAGACAAUAACGCACCAAACAGGACACCUGUAGCAUCGAGAAUGAUGCCUUAUGUCAAACAAUCAACCCCUCAGGACCAUAAUCAGUUGCUAGGCAAUGACCAAUUAUACUCUCAGGACUUUAGUUCCAGUUCAUUGAACAUUUUUAAUAUGACAGGGAAAUCCCAAGAUGUGUACCCAGAUUAUGGCAUUCACCAUGGAGAUAUUGUGGAUAUUAAUGAUGUCACAGCUGACGUAUCAUCUCUAAGAUCAGUGACGCCACCUUUACCUCCUCUCUCCCCAAACAUGACACCCCCUCUCACCCCUGAGGAUUCCCCCAGGGGUCUUCCAAAGUUCCAUAACAGAUCUGUAAGUGCAAUCAACUUAAAAAAUGCUCUCUCAAAUAAUGCCCUCUCGACGGCUGCACCCGAUGUUGUGACAUCAGCAUCAAAGCUAAAGAAGAAGAAACCAACACAAACUGGUAUGAGAAGAUCACUAAGUGGGCACCCAAAUAUGAAGUAUGAAGAUCGGAAGUAUCGCAAAUCUAAGUCACGUUCGAAGACUCCCAAUCUCAGAGUUUCUUCAUCUAGGCUACAACAAUUAUCCAUGAGUGAGCUGUUGGAAAGAACCGAAGAUGAAACUACAGAUUUUGACAAUGACACCGUCUCUGACUUCCCUGGCACAAAUACUGACCUAGAGAGCACAUUAGGGGGUGAAGAGGCUGACAUCAUACGACAACAGCUUGAUGGACUUGAAUUGAUGUACCAUGAAAUUUUAAAGAUGCUUGGUGUUAAUAAGGAUUCUAUGCCUGAGCAUUUGAAAAAAUUAUAUGGAAAAAGAUUGCAUAAAUCAAGGAGAUCUCAUUCCGCAAGACGUCAAGCCAAAGAACUCAAAAACAUAAACAAAAGAUUUGCCCGUCUUGAAUCACACGUCGUCACUUUGGCCAGGAGUGUUGCUCAUCUGUCAUCUGAAAUGCGCUCACAAAACACAGUAUACCAGGACAUAGAUCUUCUGAAGACCGAGCUGUUGACAAUGAAAGAACGUCAACAUUCAAUGGUGGGCACAGGUGGUAAUGGUGCCCUCGAUGACUGGGAUAGAUUCCGUGGUUGGGUUCCUGCCAUGACAAACCCCAAAAGAAUUUCAAAAUUAACAAAAUUUUUCGGUAAAGAACCACCCUUGCUGAAUAUCUUCCUUGAAAAGCUGGGCUAUAACAAAUGGAUCCCAAAUUUUGAGAAUGAACACAUUGGAAUGGUGGAGCUGCCAUAUAUGACUGAGGAACGAUUACAAAAAAUUGGCAUCCCAAUGGGCCCAAGAUUGCGCAUAUUACAGGAAGCUCAAAUGUGCUUCCGCCAAGAGAAUUUCAAUAUUUAUAUUGUGUGAUGACAUACAGCAGUGAAUCUAUAAAACUUGUGAACAUUAUAUAGCUCUUGAUAUCGAAAUGGAUACCUGAAAAAUGAAAUCCAGAUUUGUGUUUUGAAAAUCAAAAAAGACAUUGAAUCGCUAAUUAAUUAAAGUGGCUCAACCUUUAUUAUUGUAUUGUAUUGUAUCUUUCUUACUAUCACUUAAGAUGAUAAGUGACUCACUGGUCAAUAUGAUACUUUACAUGGCCAUUUCAGCCGCCAAGUAAAAAAUACAAUUUCGGAUUAUCGUACUGCCUCACUAAAACUUCCCAAAAAGAUAAAAUGUAGCAACCUGUGUGUAACACUAAAGAUGGACUAAGGUACAAAUCUACAGCAUUUUUUCAUAUCAAAUCUUUAAAAAAACUCAACUGCAUUGUAAGCAGCUUGGGAAGUUCAACGAUAUUCAUAUUUGAAAAAAAAAUUGCAAUUAUACUCAUAGUCUAUUAUAGUGUUAAUCACAUGUUGCUAUGGUUUUAUUGAUAUUUCUUUUUUCGUGAGGCAAAAAAAGGUUGGGCUACUUUAAAAAUUGCUUCAAAUCUGGGUCACCAAAUAUUACUCUUCUUCUACAACAUUAAGAGAAGAUGAAUUAAGAAAGUACAAACUAAAGAACUUCAAUAAUUUUACAAAGAUAAACACUGUAUUUAUUAAAAAUAUCUAAUAAUUAUGCAUUUAAAUAAUUAUAAUCAUCGCAACUAAUACGGACCAAUAUUAGAUGGUCGUCAUUGUUCUGUUGCUAUCAACUAUGUAACUGCAUUUAAUUCAUACCACAAAAUAAUUAUUAAUUUAUUUAUUACAAUGAAUAACUACAUGUUUGAUAUGUUUACCCAUAUGCUCCAAGGACAUAAAAGGGUUAAGAAUCUCAUGUUAAAUGUAAUAUUAGUUUGACUUAUAAUCAAAAGAUGGCGUGACUAACAGCAUUCCAUUUUAUACACAAAACUUUGUUAAACUAUGAUAUUUAUAAUAACAAUAUUUAUAUAAAAC